GUCGCUGACGCAGUUCUUACGGUGUUGGUCAGUCAUUGAUCAUAUGAUCCAACAUUGCACACCUUUGAAAUCAUGUCACUGCAGUUUACAGAGGACGAGUUUCAAGCGGCAUGGAGAGAGUUGGAUGAGCCGCAGGUGGAAGGAUGGGAGUUGUUUACAGAGACAAUGGGAGUGAAAAUAUAUCGACGCCUAAAUCAGGAAACUGGCCUCUACGAGUACAAAGUUUCUGGCUCUCUCGACUGUCCUCCAGACCUGUGUGCCGAGGUGUACAUGGACUUGGCCUACAGGAAACAAUGGGACAGCUAUGUGAAAGAGCUUACUGAAAAAAACUAUGAUGGGCAGUCUGCAAUUUAUUGGGAAGUGAAAUAUCCUUUCCCGUUGUCGAACAGAGAUUAUAUCUAUGUGAGGGGACGUAAAGAUCUUGAUAUAGAUGGAAGAAAGAUUUGGGUGAUCUUGGCCAGGAGCUCUUCAGUAUCUCAGUGCGCGGAGAAGAGUGGAGUGAUUAGAGUGAAAGACUACAAGCAGAGUCUGGCUAUAGAGAGCGAUGGUAAUUGUGGCACUAAAGUCUUCAUGAACUACUUUGAUAACCCUGGUGGCAUGAUACCAACUUGGCUGGUGAACUGGGCUGCUAAGAGUGGUGUUCCAGGCUUCCUCACUGACAUGCAGAAGGCUUGCAACAACUAUCAGAACUACUGCAAGAACAAAAAAUGACAUGCCCGAGGCUGCAAAAAUACACAGAUUCUCUGCAUGGAAUCUUAUCUUGUGUGCUAUCCGUCCCUCUGUACCGCGGUGAACCUCUUAGGAUUUGGAUCUUGUCCAGGGGCAUUGGUGAGCUUUUAAUCACGGCAAACAAAAUGAAUUUGGGGCUGAAGGGGUCAAUUUGUACUUUAUGAUGGGUAGUCUUAGCAUUUUACACAAUGUAUCACUUGAACUUUGAAGAAUGCUGGUUCAUGUCAUACUCAUGUCUCUCUACCCUCUGGUUCAUGUCAUAAAAUCACACAAGGAUUUACUAAUGUGCAAUAUAUUGAUGACAUCCUGUAGAAUAUUAUUUGUUGAUUUUUAAGGAUUUUUUUUUUUCAUUGAUUGAUACAUCGGUCUACAUGUAGGUUAUGUUAUAGGAUAUCUUAUUUGAACCUUGCACUUGCCAUUUUGCAACUGUGUUUUCUGAUUUGUCUUGAACAAUCUUGCACUGGAAAUCAUUCAUUUUCUUAAUGGUGUAUCGAUAACCCUAUAUUUGUUUUCUUUCGAGAAAAAUCAAGGUGUUUGGGUGGUGAUUGUGCUGUAGGCUACUUUUCUGAAGACAAACUGUAUGCAAUACAAAACACUUUAUAUUAAGAUGCUGGAAUGAAUUAAUUUAUUUUGGGCACUUGCAACAAAGGACUUUCCUACUCAACUCCAUUCACAAAAUCACUUGUACAACUUCUGCAGGUGGCUGCAGUGGGAGAUGAUGAAUUCAUGUUUUUUUUGUAUCACCUCUAUGGUUUGCUACCUUCAUGUGGUGUAAUAAUGUUACACUGUAGGGCUGGUAUUAAAGAUCCUGUUGUUGGCUGAUGCAGUGCAUUAGGCAAAACUACAUU